CGGUUCUGGCCCUUCUAAUUAUUGUAUAUAAAGCGCGCGGGUUGUGUGGCGCUCCGUAUAAAAUUCGCGCGUGCAGCUGCGGAAUCUGGCAGGUCAAGACGCGGCAGCGUGUUCUGUGUGAAGUCAGCGCACGAUGGACCCGGGUGGUGGUCCUAUCGACGGACAUACCUUCGGCCAGCGACAGCCGCCACUCUACGUUACCAUCCAGAAGAUUCUGGACAAGUAUCCGGACGGCCAAAUAUUCAAGGAAAUAAUUCAGAAUGCUGACGAUGCUGGAGCAAGCACUGUGCACUUCUACCUGGACAGCCGUCAGCAUGGAUCACAGUCACUGAUCUACUCCAGUCUUGGCCAGUUUCAGGGACCGUCUCUACUCUCCUACAAUGACGCCAUGUUCCAGGAAAAAGACUGGCAGAGUAUUCAGGACAUGCAGCAGAGUGUAAAAGCGGAAGACCCUUUCAAAGUUGGAAAGUUCGGGAUCGGUUUCAACUCAGUCUAUCACAUAACAGGUGUUGUUGUAACUUAGGUUUGCAAACAUCGAUAGAGAAUGGCAAAAGCACACAGGAUGCAUACGUAAAGCUACUUUUAUAGUGAUAUAGGAAAUAGAAAAUGGAAGUGACGUCACAAAAUCAUUAAUGACCAGUCAAUCUAUAACAUUCCUCCCCCCUAAAGAGGGUACUUCUAAUAUACACAAACAAAACAACAUGCAUGCACUACAAUACACACAUACAUGAGUACUCACACAGUCACAUAAUAAUUAGUUCUUUCCAGGUUCGAACCAAUCUCGAGUCUUGCGUUGACAAAGAGGAUAUCGACGGGUAUUCAUAUCGAUCGGAGGCGUUCGACUUCGACUGUUCGUUGGUGCUGACUCUGAGGACACAGGCUGUUCUGGUCCUUGUUCUGGAUGAGAGGUAUCCUCAGUGGAGCCAGUAGUGGGAGUAAUUGGAGUAGUAGUUAUACGCGGA